AUGCACUUGGUCACUUUUUAAAGCUUAAACCAAAACUAGUACAGCACGGCUUCUCUAUUCCCCUCCUUUAACUUAGGCUUUGAGUGAAACUAACCAAUCCGUGCACACGAUCCGCUUGAUUGACAGUCGCAGUGUGCGUGUGAUAGUAAUCGUGCCGCGCACAGAUUAAGGCAGAGCUUUCCUGCAUACUGUAUAAGCUGUAGUACAUUUGUGUGUCAGCUUGGGAAAUAUAGCAACUGGUGUCUUAAAAGCAGUUCUAUCUCACACAAACAGUCUGCACAUAAUGCGCGAGCUCAUUAGGCGGCAGUUUAGUGUUUCUCUUUGCCGUUUCUGCAGUCGCGCGGACUGGCUCUAUGCUGUCAAAACACGGACUUGACGCGGUUAAAGUAUACACGCUCUAAAACCCGCCUUCAGUCGUUUCCCUCUAAUAAUGAAACGCAUGUCGCUGUUUUCAGCGGCAUAAGAGAGCCCCGCUGUGUUUCUAGUCUAAUGUAGUCGGGUGUGUUAUGUAGGUCAGGCCAGGCUUAAGCAGCUUUACUGAACCUGCGUCAGCUUAAGCUAAAAGGAAUUCCAGCAAAGCCCUCCCCGGGUAGGCGUGGGCCUAAUCGAGGCUGGCCUAGUUAAGCCUGAUUCUUUUUCUUACCAGCCAGUUUGUGCAUGUGUGUGUUGUUUAACUGAGACGAGCAGUACAGCAGUCUGCUCACACAAGUGAGUAGAGAAAGACAGACACACACAGCACAGGAAAAAGAGGAGAAGGAGAUCAAACCUAGAGCAUUGAGACCAGCCUAAAAGCAGGAUGUCUACCUUAUUCAUGACAAACAGCAUGGUCGGCAAAGCCCGCUCCUCCAACUUCACCCUAUCUGAGAAACUGGAUCUUCUGCGGCUGGUUCAGCCUCACAUACGCAUUCUGGAGGAGCACACCAACAAACAUGCCGUGAUUGUGGAUAAAAACCGGUGCUGGGACAGCAUAGCAGAACGCUAUAAUAGUUUAGGAGGCGAGAGACCCCCCAGAACGGCACAGGGUCUUCGGACCCUCUAUAAGCGCCUUAAAGAAAGUGCCAAGCAGGAAGUUCUGCAUCGAAGCCACGCCCAGCCCGAGUACCGGGGCCGCAUCUCGGAGCCCACCAAGCGCAUCAUGGAAAUGAUACCACAGCUGUUUCACGUAGGGGACAAAGAGCCGAGCGCACUCCACAGGCUUCAGUUCAAGAGGAAUUCUCCAGUAGAGCAGCCGGGCAGCAGCCUGUCCCUCCCAGCGUUGUCGGACUAUCCGCAUGUUUCAGUUGUGAGGGUGGAGACGGAGGAUGUGAAACCGCCUGCUGAUAUCCACUUGAUUACAUCCCACGGUUCACCUGUCACCAUCGCCACCCCGAGCAGUCAGGCCCACCACGGACAGGACGAGAGGGACAGUGAAGUAGUGGAAGAGGAGGAAGACGAGGAGGAUUUAGCCUCCCACGUGUACGCGGCCUCUCUCUCUCCGUGCCCCUCCUCCGUACACCUGCCGCCCUCACCGUCGGCCCUCGGCAUCAGGAGGAGCGCGUAUCUUAGGGGGAGGGCGGCGUUCAAAAAUCCAAUUUUUGAGGCAGAAGCUUUGCAAAUGAUGAGAGAGGAGCAUGAGCUUCUACUGGCUAAUCACAGAAAGCUUGGACUAUAUCUAGAGGAGAAGAGGGAGGGUCUUAAGAGAAAGCAACAGUUGGAGGAGGACCUUCUCCGGUCAAGGGUCAAAGUGGAGAAAUUGAGGGCGGCCAGACUACGCCAAGGAUUGCCAUUGGUGUGACACGUACGGUGUCGGAUCGGAAAGUGUAUCACAAAGG